ACAAACCCCGAUCAUAUAAAAACCUAUUUAUACUUGUUGGACGCACAAUUGUGGACUCGGUCUCUUCCUCUACACGGUCGUUUGUGAGGUUCGUGCGAACGAAGAGAUUAUAUUUUAGCCCCUGGGUACCCAAUACCGGUUUCCCAUGAGUCAUAGGACUAGCUAGUGUCAUGUUAGAACAAUAGAUCUGCAAUACGACUACCUAUUGGGUAAUUGACAGCGGCUAAAAGCAGGAAAUGGCCUCAAAUACAGCGCUAGCCGCUUGGUUUAUUUAGUCUGAAGAGAUCUCCUACAAGCCAACAUUGAUUUGGUCGUGGGAAUUGCGCCACUAACAAACCUUUCGACUUCCCUAGAGGAUCAUAUUCGGCUGAUUUCUCGUUGCUUACGCCAUGACUACAACAGAAAAGUGUGAGCUCUACAAAGAACCAGCAAGCAAGCGGACUUGCGGUGGAUGUGGCGUGCUUAUAAACGAACGGUUCCUACUCAAAGCCUUGGACAGAUACUGGCACGAAGACUGCUUAAAGUGCUCUUGUUGCGAAUGCCGGCUUGGAGAGGUGGGCUCCACCCUCUACACCAAGGCGAAUCUCAUCUUAUGCAAACGAGAUUAUUUAAGGUUGUUCGGCACUCGAGGGUUCUGCUCCGUCUGCUGCAAGACUAUCCCCGCGUUCGAGAUGGUAAUGCGAGCCCGCGAUAAUGUCUAUCACCUUGAAUGCUUCUCCUGCCAACGCUGUAAUCAGCGGUUUUGCGUCGGAGACAAGUUUUACUUGUUUAAUAACCGGAUUCUUUGUGUGGACGAUUACGAGGAGAUGAUGUCAUACAGAAACAUGGACCAUGGCAGUCGGUACAUAGUGUGACCGGGAAGCCAGUUAAAUGUUGGCUAGAAUUUGAGUGAAAGGUGACCGCGCAUGUGAAAUAGCGCAAUUGGAGUCUUGGUCUGCUGUUGUCCUACACUGGUAUUUCAGUGCCUUAGAUAGCUUGAGCGUCGAUGAGCCCUCGAGCGGUCAGCGUCAGUAAGUGAGAGACAUCGAGAAACUAGGACCAUGGUAAUUGUUACUGCGGAAGAAGGAAAAAUAUGUUUUUUUAGCACAAAGCAGGUUAAGAUACAUGACAUCAGAUAUAAAAACGUAUGCCUUUGACGGACUGCAUAUCACAGGUUUUAUACUGCCCUAUAGAGUCUACUGAAUGUGUUCGUCUCGGCAGAGGGAUAAAAGAGCUUAAAGAUGCCCUAUUCAGUCUACUGAAUGAGUUUGUCUGGGUCAAUUGAGUGUAUAAUACGCUUAUAUGCGCUAUACCGCUCAGUCUAAUGCUGAAGCUUCAAGAUAAUUAACUCUUUAUCUCGAGUGUAUAAUUCUGUUUAUUGUAAAUAACACACUUUACCGACUAAUAUAUUAGACUUUACGGUGUAAAUAAAUUUUGUCCCAGGUGUUAUAAAGAUUUUUUUUUCUUCUAGCCAGGGAAUCACGUUUAUUACAUUAAAAUACGAUGGCAAAUCAACGGGAAUGACAAAUAGACUGGGAGAAGUGGACACGGUGAUGUCAAGCCGUGAAUGAUUCUCUGAUGUCAAAAACGAAAUAAAAAAAUUGUCAUUGUUAAA